CGGCAAUGUCGGCUUUGAAUUGAGUUCAUUAGCAGCAGCUGUAAAUGUACCUUUGACGUCCCAUCACGUGGGAAGGAGGCGAAGCAGCUAUAAAGAAGCAACUCCUCCUUCGCUUGACCAUAGUAAGAGCCGAACCUUUUCUUUCCCAACCAUCGGCCUUGUGAAUCUGUGACAAGGAUUACCCCAAAUACACCAUGACUAUCCGCAUGAACCCUAUUCCCAAGCAACAGCGCGCUGCUGUUCGUAGCGGGUCAGGCGACACGGCCACCACCAGUAUCGAAACCAUCGAUGUGGAUCUCCCCGGACCAGGCGAGAUCUUGGUCCGCAUUACGUGGACCGGGUUUUGCGGCUCUGAUAAGUCUCUCCUUCAGGAUGAAUGGGCUGGGUUUGGGGUGACAAUGAAGCCCCAGAGCAAGGGGGUCGCAGGACAUGAAGGUGUCGGCGUUGUUGUAGCGGUUGGCGAAGGCAUGGAGAGCCGUUGGAGCAUCGGGGACCGCGCUGGCAUCAAGUGGAUUGCGAAGACCUGCGGCGAAUGCGAGUUUUGUUUGAGCGGCGUGGAUGAGGUCAACUGCCUCAGACAGAUCAACAGCGGGUUUACCACCCCGGGUACCUUCCAAGAGUACUGUGUGGCUGAUGGCCGGUAUACUUCCAAAAUCCCCGACGGGGUUUCGGAUGAAGAGGCGGGGCCUAUUAUGUGCGGUGGAGUGACUGCCUAUGUUGCAUGCAAGCGGGCCAAUGUCAAAGCUGGCCAGUGGAUUGUACUCCCCGGAGCUGGCGGUGGCCUAGGUCAUCUGGCGAUUCAAUAUGCACGGGCGAUGGGCAUGCGAGUCAUCGCUAUCGAUGGCGGUGAUGAUAAACGAGAGUUGUGCCAUAAGCUUGGGGCGGAGGUGUUCAUUGACUUCCUAGUGACAACAGACAUUCCUGCGGAGAUCAGGAAGAUCACAACAUACGGCGCACAUGGAGUAAUCGUGACAGCUGCAACGAAGACAGUGUAUGCGACAGCGCCCACAUAUCUUCGUCCGAAUGGCACGUUGGUGGCUGUCGGUCUGCCUGCGGAUCCCACCGUGCUCGCGGGGGCUCCUCCCAUGUUGUUGUCUCUCAGGAGAUUGAAUAUUGUUGGUACCCUGACAGGAACGCUGAAAGACGUCGAAGAGGCUCUGGAUUUCACAGCACGAGAUGUCGUUCACCCUGUUUUGGUCAAGGGAAGACUCGAAGACCUCAACUCAUGGGUCGAGAAGAUGAAGAAAGGUCAAUUGGCUGGGCGCGCAGUGCUUCAGGUUGCGAACUGAUCAUUGACUAUUCGGGAAGGCAUCGAUUAACCUUGGGGGAAUCGGGUUGGUUACCUUGCGGUUUGCGUCACCCCAAGAUUUUUCAGUGUCUCAUUCUUUGCUGAACAUGAAUGUGAAUAUCGUCUGUAAAAUACUUUAGGAAAGCAAAGGAAUAAUCAAUUAUUUUCAGAG